UUCUCUUUCUUUCUUCACACCAUUCAUUCGUUCAUGUUUUCUCUACUCAAUUUUCCGACAAGUUUUCCGGUCAACAUCCUCCGCUAACUUUACUCCGGCGAAUAACCGUUUCACUAGCUUAGAUCUGAUUAGAUUAGAUCAUAACCAAAAUCGAUCAAACAAAAAUUUUCAGUUCAGAAUUUCUGAUAAAAAUUUUCAACUCCUUCAAACGCGGUAGUUUUUAGUCAAUCUUCAUCGCUUCUUGAAUCAAGAUUUAUUUUACUACGAUUCAAACCUUCAAAGAGCUGUGAAAUUAUUUGUGUUACCGGAGUUUCUUUUUUUAACUUCGUCGGCGGCGAGUUUUUUUUCCGACGAGGAAAUGACGUCGGGGACGAGACAACCAACAUGGAAGGAGAGAGAGAAUAACAAAAGGAGAGAGAGAAGAAGAAGAGCUAUAGCUGCGAAGAUCUUCUCUGGUUUGAGAAUGUUCGGUAACUACAAGCUUCCUAAACAUUGUGAUAACAAUGAAGUUCUCAAAGCUCUCUGUAAUGAAGCCGGUUGGAUCGUUGAACCGGAUGGCACAACGUAUCGUAAGGGAUGCAAGCCUAUGGAGCGCAUGGAUGUAGUAGGUGGUUCUGCAAUGGGAAGUCCAUGUUCAUCUUACCAUCCAAGUCCCUGUGCUUCCUACAACCCAAGCCCUGGAUCUUCUUCCUUCCCUAGUCCCCGCUCAUCCUCCCACGCUGUAAAUCCUAAUGGUGACGCCAAUUCUCUAAUUCCAUGGCUCAAAAACCUCUCAUCUGGAUCAUCAUCAGCAUCCUCUUCCAAGCUUCCGCAGCUAUAUGUUCAUACCGGUUCCAUCAGUGCUCCUGUCACUCCUCCGCUUAGCUCUCCGACUGCCCGAUCAUCUCAGACGAAAGCUGACAUCUGGGAGGAUCAGUCCACUCGUCCUGGCUGGGGCGGGCAGCAGUACUCCUUCCUGCCUUCCUCCACCCCUCCAAGCCCAGGUCGCCAAGUUCUCGACCCAGAUUGGUUUGCUGGGAUUAGGAUGCCCCAAGGUGGACCAACUUCUCCAACAUUUAGCCUAGUGGCUUCUAAUCCAUUUGGCUUCAGGGAAGAGGUUUUCUGUGGCAGUGACUCCCGCAUGUGGACACCUGGACAAAGUGGGACAUGUUCUCCAGCUAUAGCUGCAGGCUCUGAUCAUAAUGCUGACAUACCAAUGGCCGAAGCUAUUUCAGACGAAUUUGCCUUCGGAAACAGUGCAGCUGGUAUGGUAAAGCCUUGGGAAGGAGAGAGGAUCCAUGAAGAUUCCGGUUCAGAUGAUUUAGAGCUCACUCUUGGCAGCUCAAAGACCAGGUAAAGUGCUGCAUAAAUGAGCUAUCCAGAAAGAAAGUGCUGCAUAGAUGAAUAGUCAGUGGUCCCCUCAAUAUGAAAUUUGACUCUGUUUGUUCUAUUCUGUAGAAAGGUUAGAAGAGGGAAUUAAGGUGAUGAAAGUGAGCAUUUGCUCUUCCAUUUUAUUUUAUUCAUUUAUUUUCCCUAAGGUCUUUAUUUGUUCUUAAGUUAUAUAUACAACUUUAGUUAGGUGUGGGGUGGUUUUGCAACCCUUUCAUUUGAUCAAUCUUGUUAAACCCUUAAAUUUAAAUACUACUGGAAAGAUCAAUAUAUAUGUAUGGAUUGGGUUGGUUUGUA